AUGGCUAAAAAUACUUCCAGUUCGGCAUUCCGUAAAAUAGACAUUGAUCAGUAUAAUGAAGAUAAUUUUAAAGAAGAUGAGGCUGAAUCAUCAGGUCCUACUGGUCCUGAUGAAGGAGAGAUUUGUGCUUUACUUAACCAAGGACGAUCCAUAGAAGCUCUUAAGUUGGUGCUUAACAAUGCCCCAAUUGGAUCAACAAACCAACAAGUAAAAGAUAAUGCUCUUGCUGUUACUUUAAAAGUACUACUGGCAAUAAAAUCUGCACAAAUCGAGGAAGCUGUUGGAAACUUAUCUCGCGAUGACAUAGAUAUUUUAAUGAAAUAUAUCUAUCGAGGCUUUGAAUACCCAUCAGAAGGUUCCAGUGGACAUCUAUUACUGUGGCAUGAAAAAGCGUAUAACGUAGGUGGCUCUGGGUGUAUUGUUCGAGUUCUAUCUGAUAGAUUGAGGGUUUGA